AUAAAUCAAUUGAAUAGGCUGUAUGGUCAAUAAUCUGUGCCUGUCCUGAAGAGGACAAAUUAUAAAAAAAAAAAAAACAACAAUCAAUGCAAAUAUGAAAUAAACAAAACAUCGUAAGCAUAGCUCAGAAGCAAAGUAAUUAUUUUAUUAUAAUUUUGAGACCAAAUCAUGACGAAUUUUAAUACAGAGUUUAUAAUGGAGUUAUUUUUAGAGGAUAAUGUUUCAACAAUGAACAGGCUAAUAGUAGCUACGGCCAAUGUCGUCAAUGAAAAUUUAGAAAAUAUUGCAUUUGUAAAUGAAUCUCUCAUGAAAGAACACAAUUUAGCCUUGCCCUCUAUAUCGACAAGGUACUCAGCAACUUUACCAGUGUUGAGCGAAGAGGAUUUCUAUAACGAUACUGUCAAGAAGUUUUCUCAGGAUGACUAUUAUGAGAGGUUUAAAAUGAGUAAAAGUACUGUUGAGGCAUUAAUAAGUUUUUUAAAGGAUUAUGUGAAACCUGGCUCUUCUAUAGUACCUCUAGAUAAGAAAGUUCAUGUAUUUCUGUGGCUGCUUACAAAUGAUGUCUCUUUUAAAGAAAUUGGAGAAUUAUUUGGUUUGCACAAGUCCUCGGUUAGUUACAUCUUCUAUGAGAUAGCAACUUUGGUUGCAGAACAGAGAAAUCAAUUUAUAAAUUGGCCUUCAUUGGAAGAACAGCAUGUGACCAGAAUUAAGGUGAAUAGUAAAUAUGGAUUUCCAAAUUGUAUAGGUUUUAUGGAUGCCUGUCGUCUAAAAGUCGGAUCUAGGAGAAGAAAGAGAUUAAAACCUGAAGUUAUUCUACUACAAGCUGUUUGUGAUGAGACACUUAUGUUUAUUGACAUACAUGUGGGAGAUAUUGGUACAACACGAAAAGGUAAAGUCUUCAGAGACAGCUUCAUGUCUCAGGAGCUCAAGAAUUUGGUUGAUUUUGAUAAUCAUAUAUUAGGAGACUCAGACUACAGAUUACGGAUAAAUUUAAUUACACCGUUUACCAGUGAGGAAGUGGUCACAAGUGAAGAAAUGAAGUUUAAUGCAGUUCUCUGGAAAGCACAUAGUUAUAUCAGACAAGCAUUUGAUAUAUUACGAGAUAGAUUUAGAAAAUUGAGCCUUAUAGAUAUAAAUAAGCCUGAAGCUGUGAAUACAUUGAUUGUUGCAGCAUGUGUUUUACACAAUUUUGUGCUCCUUCAGGAAGGUAGCCCAGUUAAGGAAGAAGUGGUCUUAACUGAUGAAGGUAUCACUAUUGAUACUGAUAUUGUGGAUACAGCAGCAGAGAAACGUCAGUUUUUAUGUAAUUACAUAAAUUAUUUUCAGAACUCUAAUAGUCUUUUAGCAAUAAAUAAUAUUUUAUAAUGCA